AAGUAAUAUCUUGCGCGAGAUAGUCACCUCUAGGGCUCCAUACAUUUAUGUUCACUGUCUGAAAAAUUGUGAGCAAAAAAAUCUGUGAUUUUUUCUCUAUGUUGCUCAGAUGCAGGAUGAAACAAAACACAUCAGUGAGAUACAGAGCAACAGGAAGAAAACACGCGCCAUCUUGGAUUUCACUGUUUUGGGAUUCACCUGUCUUUGGCUUGUGCAGUGCUAGCCAACUAGCUAACUGACUCCUCCACCUUUUAUGCCGACCCUGACUCGCCGGUCCGUUUUUUAAGUUUGAAAUAAGAACUGUAAGAGAGCCCUGAGACAUAAACUUGGCUUGAACUUGGGAAGAAAAGAAGUAAUCACCUCAACAGCGGCGCAAAGACAGCGACACCUGCUGAGAGCCAGGAACAUAACGUUAGCAUGCUAGCCUGUAUGCUACCUCAGGAAAGCUAAGCAACUGCCGGCCGCGGCAGAGGCAGAAACAUAUCAACAGCUAUUUUCUCAACCAGAUGUUGCCGACUGAAAUUAGGGCCAUUUUUCCACUGGAUGAAGACAAAAGUCAACCUGCCACUGUCAGAUGAAUGACCUGCUUCUACAGCCAGGCUCGGGACACGGACGGAGCAGAGACACUGGAGCUGAGAAGAUGUGGGAUGAUCCUUGAACCUCCUGACCUCUCAGCUCAGGUUGAACAAAGGCUGCAAAGAUGAGUCAUCCAUCCGAGUUUGGUUAAAUGGUCACUUUUGGAAAUGAAUCCUCACAAGCAGAGGCAUCACACUUCCUGUGAAGAUACCGUGAGCACCUGCGCGUCUGUCCUCAGGGAUUCACCUGCUGCACAUCCGAGAUGGAGGACAAACUCAACCAGCAGAGCAAAGUGGAGUUUGAGAACUUGGUGGAGGGGAGCAGCCACACUAUGAGGACGACGUUCGUCGCGAGGCAUAAAAAGUUUGAUGAGUUUUUCUUGGAGCUGCUGGACAAUUCUGAGAAGUCUCUCAACAGCAUGUUCACAAAGACGUACGGGAAACUGUACAUGCAGAACUCAGAGGUGUUCCAGGACCUGUUCACUGAGCUAAAGCGCUACUACACGGGGGGCAACGUCAACCUGGAGGAGAUGCUGAACGACUUCUGGUCCAGGCUGCUGGAGCGCAUGUUCCAGUUGCUCAACUCCCAGUAUCACUUCACAGAUGACUACCUGGAGUGCGUCAGUAAAUACACAGAUCAGCUAAAGCCCUUUGGAGACGUGCCGAGGAAACUGAAGGCGCAGGUCACCAGGGCCUUCAUCGCUGCACGGACGUUUGUCCAGGGGCUAAUGGUGGGACGGGAGGUCGCCAACCGAGUUGCCAAGGUGAAUGUAGUUCCAGCGUGUGUCAGAGCCUUGACCAAGAUGCUGUACUGUCCAUACUGUCGGGGCAUGCCCGGGCUCAAACCCUGUCACAACUACUGUCACAACGUGAUGAGGGGCUGCCUGGCAAACCAGGCGGAUCUAGAUGCUGAAUGGAAUCUCUUCAUUGAUGCUAUGUUACUGGUGGCAGACAGACUGGAGGGACCCUUCAACAUUGAAGCAGUCAUAGACCCAGUUGACAUCAAGAUAUCCGAGGCCAUCAUGACCAUGCAGGACAACAGCAUGCAAGUGUCAGCCAAGGUUUUUCAAGGGUGUGGCCAACCAAAGCCGUCAGGAAUAGGAAGGUCAACGCGCGGCAUUUCAGAUGUGUUCAGCACUCGUUUCAGACCCUACGCCCCUGAAGAGAGGCCGACCACAGCCGCUGGUACAAGCCUGGAAAGACUGAGGGUUGUGUGGAGGACAAUGCAACACAGUGUGAUUGACAUCAAAGGGAAGCUGAAGGAGUCCAAGAGGUUCUGGUCCAACCUGCCAGAUGACAUCUGUGCCAAGGGCAAUCUCACCGAGUCUGACGAGGAGCAGUGCUGGAACAGCCACACUAAGGGCAGAUAUUUCCCUGAAGUGGUGAAGGAGGGUCUAACCAACCAGCUGAACAACCCAGAGGUGGACGUGGACAUCACCAGGCCUGACACACUGAUACGACAGCAGAUCAUGGCUCUCCGUGUCAUGACCAACAAGCUAAAGAACGCCUACAAUGGAAAUGACAUCUACUUCCAGGACUCGAGUGACGAGGGCAGCAGUUCUGGCAGUGGUAGCGGCUGCUCUGACGGCUGCACAACAGAGUUUGUUUUUGUUGGAACAGAAGCUCCUGUGAUCGGAGCCGACAGAAGUGAUGAACGUGCAGCAGCAGCUGCCGCGGGCAACACACUAGCCUGCGGACCCUCCCUGCUGCUGGUGAUGGUCGCCCUCACACUCCCGCUCUGUGUAAUGCAGACUCAACGGAGAUAAUAUACGGGCGUGGCCCAACCACUGACUUUUAUACUGUUAUGUACAGUAUGUUAAACAGCAAGUUCUACUGCUGUUCCCUCACUGGACGUGUAGAACCUUGUGGAAACCUGUGGAAAAUGGCUUACUGUGUGGUGCGGUAGGACUGAUUGAGUGAGUGAGUGCAGUGCUGCAUCCUGCUCGCCCCCCAAAGAAUGCUCGGUGCCAUCACUGAACCAGCUUUCCCAUCUUUGAAAAAAAGAAAGAAAAUGUGGUGUUUUUUCAUUAUUCUCGAGUGGGUUGUGAAGAAUAUACUUCUCUUUUAGACAGUAAAAACCAUCAGAUGUGAUUUUGCAGAUGAAGGGGAAUCUAUAUUUCCUGUCCUUUGUUUGAUGAGGUUGUGAAAACGAGACGAUACCCACUUACUUACUUACUUACUAGUCUUGUUCCCCUCAGACAAAAAGGAGAAAGUCUUACUGUGUGCAUGCGUGAAAAUGAUGUUAACUGACAAAAAAAAAACAUUCUUUGGUGUCUUUUUUUAUGCAGGCCACACAGUUUUGGAUUGGUUGGAACAGGAUUGUACAGUGUUAGCAGUUCACCUGGUUUCCCGUUUGCUCAUAUCAGUGUGGCUUCAGGAAGUAGCAGUUCUUACAGCCACAUUAUAGUUGCACAUUUGAUUAUCUCUAAGAAAGUGCUAAUGUACUGCACUAAGAAAACUACUUUGCACAGAUUAUUUUUGUUGGCUUCAUAAGUUUUUAAAGCUACAGGAAACAUCCCCGUCAUAGAGAAAGAUCUAUAUUUUCAGAUCAUUUAACUGAUUGUAUUGUACCUAUAAACAGUUGCAGUAUGUAUUUCACUGGGAGAUACUGUAAUGUUAUCUUACUGGCUUAGUUAAUGGCUACAUUUUUAAGAAAUGUAUUAUUUGUUUUAAUUUGAUUGCUUGUAAAAUGAAAAAAACUAGACAAGAAUUCUUGCAACAAACUAAGCCAUUGUACUACAAUUGCCUGCUAAUAUUCAGUUACCUGGUUUACUCUCUUCUGCUUGGGUACCCAACUUGCACUUAUACAUUUAUUUUAUUUUCUCAGAAGGCUCAGACUCUAUUAGUUGAAUUAGUUAUAUUUUAAUUACAUUUUCAUUUAUUUUUCUUCGCUCCCACACUUUCAUUAUUUCUGAUUAUAGUUUUAUUUUGAUGUUCAUGUUAUUCGUUUAUGGUAGCUAAUCCAAUGUCACCUGAGUCCUGUAAAAGCUGUCAUGCGCCCCUCCAUUAGGCUCUGCAGGUUUACCCAUUUACUGCGCUGAAAUCUCUUGUUUGGCCAAUCAGAGAAGGCUAAAGGCUAUAGAGGAUUUAACGUUUUCUUAAAAGGCCUGGACAAAGUCAGUGACUCAAAAAGGGCAAGGUACCAAGGUUAUAGGGCUUCGACUACUCUCUUAGAACUAGGGUUACUAUUCGUAACCUUCAUUAUACCUCCUGCCGGCUUCGACCUCCAACAGGCUCUAUAAUAGCUCGCACUCCACAAAUACAAUUUGAUGUCUCUGACCUCUGGUCGCACACAAAAGACAGGCCCCAGGAAUGUUGUAGGAAUUCAGAGGAAACAAACAAAGAGGCAAACAUAGAUUGAUAACAAAAGGGCAGAUGAAAACGCCACCCACAUGCCACAUGCAACAUUAUAGUUGCACAUUUGAUUAUCUCUAAGAAAGUGCUAAUGUACUGCACUAAGAAAACUACUUUGCACAGAUUAUUUUUGUUGGCUUCAUAAGUUUUUAAAGCUACAGGAAACAUCCCCAUCAUAGAGAACGAUUUAUAUUUGGCGCCCAGACGAUCCGUCACUACCGCAGUGUUUCCUCAGUCCUGUUCCUUGGGGCCUCUGCUCCAACACACCUGAUUCCUUUGAUAAACAUAAAAGUACAAUUUGUACAUAUAUAUGGACCAUACACAAUAACAGCAAUAUGAACGUCAAAAAGACAUAUGGUAGCGCAGGCAACCAGACAUCACUAUCCAACAUAAACAUUAGCAUUGAGCUUCACCCGCCAACACCUGAACAAAAAAAAAAUUGAUGUUCUUCAGCACAAGUGACAGUUGAGGGUGAAGUGUAGUUCUCCUCUGUUCCCUUCAAAUGAGCAAACAACUAGAGAAGACUGGUAUCUACAUUUCCAAAGUUUGCUGUAGCAACAUCUUUGUCCUUACACAGAGCAUCUUUCCUCACUGAGCUCAUACGAGACCCCACAGGAGGCACCCACUCUAGAACAGAUGGGAAAACAUUUGACCUCCGUUGCCUCACUCCCUGCAGAAACUGCUUCGGGAGAAGGUGACUGAGCAGCAGCCUCCCACCAAAACUAGCGUGACACAAUUAAACCGCUGAUGCUUGAGCUAAUUGUGGAGUGCGAUGGGCCUCUAUCCAACUGGAACCUGAGGAAAGACAACACUGAUCAACAUAAGGUCCUCCCUAAUACCAAACUGCCCACUGUAGGAGAGAGAACAACGCAGGUACAUUUUUAUAUGCGGUUCACUCUCAUGAAGCAUGUGACUUAGACGUCUGCUGCAGCUUGUACUCCAGCACAUGGAUAACAAAAUGAUGGCAGAUGAAAACAUCAGAUCUGUGUGGCUUAAGGACCGUAAUGCUCCUCAAAUGAAUACAUGAAACAAACAGAUGCCAUAUUUCCAUCAUGUUUUCCAAACGAUUUUCCAUCAUUGGAGCUUUUACUGCCUCUUGUUCAAUUACAUCAUCCCAUUGCAUUGUCUUCUUCUGCAGUUGUUAAAUGGCACAAUAAUCCAUAUAUACCACCACAGGCUGUCACUGGAGCAAGGGGGAGAGGAGACCAUCUCCAUGCCAUUGCAUUCAUCUAUUGGUCCUAUUCGAGAAAAGUUAGAAUUACAUUUUAAAGAUCUCAGUCAGUGAAUCCAUUCUUAAUAUCAGUGCAUACUGCAGGGGUGACCGAGCAAGCUUGUUGAGCCCCUCAGGGUCAAAGCCUGUUCGAGAGCCACAUUGCAAAAUUGCUGCAGCUCAGAUGUCAACAAAGGGUGAACCAAACAAAUCGGAAGUGAAACCAAUUCUGGUGAGCUGGAUCCGGCCCAGAAUUCGGGUUAGUUUUUGUUCAUUCGGUUGCCUCUUGGCUGACAUCUGGAAUGGAAUGGCCUGCUUGUGGCUCAGAUCUGGCAAACAGAGUGGACCGCCCAAAUGUGAUGUGAAUCAUUACUUACGCUAUGUGGGCUGAAGAUGGGUGUCUGGAACAAAUUUGCUAUCUGGGAGAGGACCACAGUUGACUUAUCUAUUAGAACUCAGUGAAACAACCUGAAACUAACAUCAAAAUAUUUUUAGGAUGUGCCAUAAUUUGAAAUUUCACAAUAUCCUAAUAUUUAUGAACCAUUACCUCAAUAUAUUGUAGGGAUGACUUUUGGUACUCCCAAAAAAUAUGUACACAGUUCGAAUUUUGAUAAGUGAUGAUCAGUAAUCUGGAUCAAAUAACAAAGUAGGUUAAGGCUCUUUACAGUAACAAAUAUUUUAAAACCUGCAACACACAAAUCACAGCUUACAGCCUAAAAGCAUAUAAUAAUUGAAGAGGAUGUUAAGUCUCGUAUCACAAUAACGAUAUAAUACCUCGAUUUUGCCCCACCAUCUAUCAUAUUAAGUCCAAAAUGGUGAUGACGCUGCUGUUUAUGCAGACGUUACAGAAGUUAUUCUGGAUUCCUGACGUGUCCUCCGCCAGAUCAUGGUGUCUUCACAUGCGAGCCCACCACAGAGCUGUGUUUGGCAGAGGUGAAAACAAACGGAUCCCGAUAUGAACUCUCUUCAUUAGCAAACGCACCAACUGGUGCUGCAUCAGUGAGUCAGACAGACGAGACAGAUGGGAGGUAGCGAGACAGGACGGGCGUCCAGCAGUAACUAUUUAUAACGUGUUGAAUAUUGAAUAAAAUACUAUUAAAACAACUCGCUGGCAGACCUAAUGUGCAGCAACAGUUUUCCCGAGGAUUCUCCCACCCAGGAGUGCAGUCCCGGAUAGCGGAUAAUUGCAAAGAAGGGGGAUUCAUGUAAAAAUGAUGGUCUGUUCCAUGAGGCUGUGAUAUCUCAAUCUUAGCUGCAGUCAUUAUAUGUCUCAGAAAGAUGUCUGCACUCAAUACAGCGUGUUCUGACUUAAACACAGAUCAGCCCAGUCGCCAGGAUAACUGAUAAUGUUUCUGCAAACCACUGACAUGUUCACAUUUGAAGUCAUUUGGGGCUGCGUUUAACACGGACAUUUCUACAGUCUGUCACAUCACAUUAAUGUACGUGUUUAUUAUCUGAGGUGGAGGGGACCGUAUUUGAGUUACAUGUGCCUGGACUAUUAUUACUACUAUUACUGACAAGGGACCACAGAGUUUUAACAUCUAUGAGCGUGAUACGACUGGAUAUUUUCAAAGGGAUGUUAGUACAAUUUACAGCCCUGUCUGUUGCCCCGAAAAAUGUGUGUUUUUGACAAGAACUUUUUCCCCACCCUAACCAAGCGGUUUUGGUGCCUAAAACCCUAAAAGCAGUAAAAGCAGUGCUGUCAUAAAAUAACAUGUAAUAGAGAAAUGAACCUAAAGAAACAUACAGUUGCAACAUUAAGAGUUGUGAAGUUGUAACAUAUCCGUGGUUCGCAGAAACGUGCAUUGCCAGCUUUUACUCUGGCGACUGGGUGCACAAAUAUGUGUUUUUUUCAGCACUUUUAUUUUGGAGUUAAGCACGGUGUCAUUGUUUCCUAAAACCCAGAUUCAACUGGUCCAUAAAAGAGUUGUGUUCAGAUUAUCAUUGCUCUUCUCUGGCAAUUCUACAAUUGGUUAGUAAAUCGAAUAUGCAACAGGAAGAGAUUAGACUUGCAUGGUAGAGUCUUAUAUAUGGCUGCAGACAAACAUAUAAAUUCAGUUUUGAAGUGUUAAAAACAUUGUGGAGGCAGAUAUUUUUCGAGUCCGUGCUGGAAGUGAGGCGGAACAAUCAGUACAGUGUGGGUUCGAUAAUAAGGCAGGAAGUUAGCCGUGUUGCUUCGGAUACUGGCAUUGUUGAAGCUCUGGCGCUGCUGCCUCCUCACUGGGGCUUAACGACUACAUUUUUUGAGAGUGUAAAAACUCAGUAAGCAUCUGCAGCCAUACAAAAAAGGUCCAAUGCAUCCGUAAGCACCUCUACAAGAUCUGUGUUUGCAACACCAAGAGUUUUGGAUGAGUGAGGAUAAGGCCUGUCUUUUUAUUGGUGCUGCUAAAACUCAGCAGAGAAAGUGAAUUAACGGAAGAAUGUGUCAGGAGUAGGCAGACUUUUUUCCAAAGAGCUUUUUGUCGGUACAAACAACAGGCUUCUCUCAUUAUGACGAGAGGUGGUUUGUUCGCCAUCUUUCCCACUGCCUUGUGUAUUCCUCUCUCUCUCUCUCCUAACAAUACAUUACCCUGGUCAGACAUACAGUAUCACUGUCUGCAAUGCUUAAGUGCUCAUCUUAAUUUGACUGUGAGCCAUAUUUCUUUGUUUCUGUCUUGUUCAUUCUCUUUGGCAUUUGAAAAACUGAACAAAAAAAAAAAAAACUGAAAAAAAAAGAGUAAAAUCGUGGUUGGCUGGAGUUUUUUUUAAGAGAAUGUUUAGAACAAAACGUGUUAUGCAAGGUCUUCUCCAUUUUGAUGUUAAUCGUUUGCUGCACUUUUGCUACAACAUAUGCUGUGAGUGUGGUACUGUCGUGAUUUGCAAAAUCAGAUAACUAAAGGAGCACAUUUUAGAUUUUUCGGCGCUGUCAGUGCACGCUGUUUGAAGUGUUUUGGGGGAACUGAAGUUGAUGGCUAUACAAGCAGACAUGCCUUACCAUUUUUAAAAGACUAAAAUGGAUUGCUUAAUGGGCUUUUGUUACACAUUCUUGUAUACAGAAAAUAAUACAAAGGUAAUAAUAAACAUUUUAUUAAAAAAA